AUGAAUAUAAUAGAAAAACCAACAGCGUUCUUCAUUUGCAAGUUUUUAUUUUUUUAUUAUAUUUAUAAAAAACCUUCCUUUCCGUUUGAUUCAUUGAGAUGCAAAAUAAAUAAUAAGAAAAUUCCUCAUGUGUGUAUCAUUCAAAUAUUGGGUCUAAGUUAUUAUGGGCAAAGCGUGUGCUUGUAUAUUCAUGACUUCUUCCCAUUUUUCUACGUAUUAAUACCUCCAGAAGAAAAAGCAAACUCAAAAUUGGAAUUGGAAAUAUGCGAAUUUUUAGAAGGAGAAUAUGGAAAAAUAAAAAAAAACAAAAGAGAAAAUGUAUGCAUAUACAAUAUCGAACGAGUAAAAAAAAAAUGCAUUUACGGUUAUAAUGAAGAACCAGAAGACUUCCUGAAAAUUUAUUUACUAUACCCUAAUACGAUUUAUUAUUUUGCUAGUUUACUAAAAAAGAAUAUAUUUAAAAAUAGAGUAUGGGAAUUGUAUGAAGUUCACAUAAAUUACAUGCUACAUUUUUUGUGCAUGAAAAAUAUUUAUGGUUGUUCAGAAAUUUAUAUUGACAAAAAUAUUCUAUUUCGAAAAGAAUUUUUCAAUGAAAUAAAUUUUAAGUGUUUUAUGGAAGAAGAAAAAUGGAACUUACAAAAAGCGUAUUCUAUUGAAAAUAUCAAGAGGAACAAAUAUUUAGAUGUUGAAGCACCAUUCUUUUUUACGAGCAAAACAACAAAUGUUAAUUUUUCAAAUUUAAAAAGAGAAACUUUGUAUGAUAUAGAAUGUGAUAUAAAACACGAACACAUUUUGAAUGAUCGUAUUUAUUCAUAUGAAUUUGAAAAACAUAAAAUAAAAUGGAAGCAAGAACUAAAUUUUGAUUUACCAGUUAAAUAUUUAGAUUCUUUUUCUAAGCUGUGGAUAAAGGAGAAAAAAAGGUGCAAAAAUGUGAACCCAGAUUUAGUUAGAAGCAUUUUUAACUUUGAAGAUUUUGAUAGAGAUUUAAACUUUGCUUCGUUCGAUAUACUAACAGAGAGAACGAAAAAUACGUUUGGCGAGUUUUUAAAAUUUAUGAAAAGGGAGAAUCAGGAAAGGGAAGAAGUAAAUAUGAUUAGUGAAGGGAAAGACGGAGGUAUGAAUUUGGAAUUAGAGGUGGUCAGCGAGGGGAACAAGAAAAAUAUCUAUUUUGGAGAAGCAAAACUGAUUAGCGAGGGGAAAGAAGCAGGUAUUUAUUUGGAAGAAGCACAGUACAUUAAGGAGAACAUAGAAACAAACGUUUAUUUGAAAAAAGAAGGGAUGGAAGAAGUAUCAAGUAUUUGCUAUGAAGGUACUAAUAAAAAUGAUUUCAAUGCAGGAAAUAAAUAUGGAAUGAAUUUAAGUAAUAAGAACUACAAGGAAUUAGCACCAAUUAAUUUAACACAAACCUACGCACUUAAUGAUGAGAAGAGAAAAUGUAUAGCAUCUUUUGAAAUCAACAAUAAAAGAAAAGACAUUAUUAGAUAUGUUUAUAAAAAAGAACCACCUAAAAUAAAAGAAUGUUAUGCAACUUACAACAACUUGAGCAUUACAAGAAUGAAAGAAAUGGAGAAAAAUCAUGUUAAUAAUAAUAAUUGUGAACAUAAAUUUCAUCAAAAUGAACAUUCUGCGAAGAAUGAAGUUGUAGGAUUAAAUAACGAGAAGAAAAAGAAGAGAAAGAAAGAGAAGGAGAAAAAAAUAAACAUAAAAUAUGGGAACAUAUUUUUUCUUGAAAUUCUUACUGAAAUUAAAAUUGAGAAUUACGACAUGUCAAAUUAUAAUGAUGACGAAAUAAAAGCUGUAUUUUAUUUAACUAGAGAUGAAAGACUUUUAAAUUAUCAUGAUGAAUAUAACAAUUGUAUAGGUAUUAUAGCUACUCAGCCGUUUCCUGAUAUUUCAUUCCAUUUCGAUAAAGUUAAUGAAGAUAUAGAAAAAAAAAAAAAGAAAUACAAACGCCCACUAAAGCAAUGUACUACUCUAACGACAUGUAAUAAUGGAGUUCGCAUAUGUAAGGACCAUUUUAUUUUAACAGGUGAAGAAGAAGAAGAUAACCAAGAGAAUGAAACAUCACACGAGAGAGGUAAAAAAAAUGGAAGAAGCAAUGACUUCAUAGGGUACAGUAAUGAGGAAAAACUGUUUCCAUUUCCUGUGGAUUAUAGUAGAAUAAAUUUAUGUAUUGUAGAAAAUGAAGAGGAGCUUAUCAAAAAGUUGGUUGACAAAAUUAAUUUUUAUUCCCCUUUAAGUAUAGUGUCUUAUGAAAACGACAAGUACAAUAUCAGUUACUUAAAUCAAAGAUGUUUAGCCUUAAAUAUGGGAAAUUUCUAUAUGCGCAUUAGUAAGUUAAAUGAUCAAAAGAAUUUUACAGAUUUUAAUAAUUCAUAUAAUAAAAAUAUAAAAGGUAAAAUAAUUGAGAGUUUGUAUAAAUUAUCGAACGUAGCCAAUACAUCAUUUGAAAAUUUAUGUAAACAUUAUUUAAAUAUAAAUAUACCUACCAUAAGCAAGUAUACACUGUAUUAUUGGUAUAGCUAUGAGAAGAAAGAAGGAUCAUCAAAUAGUUUUUAUCCAAGAAAUAAUAAAAACGUACUGAGCAAGGAAAACAACAGUAAUCGUGUAUAUUUUCCUUUUAGAUAUAUAACUGUAAGAUAUUUUUUAAUGAAAAUACAUUUUUUAUAUUUAAUAUAUGAUAAAAUAGGAUUUUUAAAAAAAAAAAUGAAUUUUUGUAAAUAUUUACAUGUCGAUUUAUUAUCCCUAAUUAAUAGAGGAUCGCAAUAUAUUAUUGAAUCGUUUCUUUUAAAAAUAUCUAUGAAAUAUGAUUAUGUUUUAUAUUCUCCUUCAAAUAAAGAUAUAUUUGAUCAAAGGCCUAUUUUACAUACACCAUUAGUACUACAACCGAAAAGCUCGAUUAACUUUUUCCCUUUAUUAGUAUUUGAUUUUCAAUCCUUAUAUCCCUCCAUUGUGAUUGCUUUCAAUAUUUGUUAUUCUACAUGCAUAGGAACAUUAUCUCUUAAGAAGAAAGCGAUGGGAAAAUGGGGACAAACAGAUAAGGAGAAAAAUAGUCCUAUGAAAAACAACAAAAAAAGGGAAAAAAUAAAUUUAUAUAGUAAUGAUAGCCCUAUUUUUCUAGGUUCACGCAGACAGAUGAAUGAAGUAGGUUUUUGUGAAUCUAUUUCCCAUGUCUACAAUAAUAAGGUUAAUCUUACUGAAGGCAUAUCUACUGCUGUUAACUCGUCAAAUAAUAUAUAUUUGCCAGAGAGAAUUAUUAAUAGUGAAAAUGUGCCUUAUAAUGAUAAGAUGAAUCAUGUGAGGGGUAAUUGUAAAUCCUUCCAACAAGGAGGUUGCAACUUUUUUAAUUGUAACUUGGACAAAGAAUUCAAUAAUGCAAAUAAUAAAGCAAGUAACAAUAAUGCAAAUAAUAAUGCAAGUAACAAUAAUGCAAAUAAUAAUGCAAGUAACAAUAAUGCAAAUAAUAAUGCAAGUAACAAUAAUGCAAAUAAUAAUGCAAGUAACAAUAAUGCAAAUAAUAAUGCAAGUAACAAUAAUGCAAAUAAUAAUGCAAGUAACAAUAAUGCAAAUAAUAAUGCAAGUAACAAUAAUGCAAAUAAUAAUGCAAGUAACAAUAAUACACAUAACAGUAAUACACAUAACAGUAAUACACAUGACAGUAAUACACGUAACAGUAAUACACAUAACAGUAAUACACGUAACAGUAAUACACGUAACAGUAAUACAAAUAAGGAUGACGAUGCUAGCGAUGAUGAGACGAGUUUUGAAUUUAUUAGACUAGGGGUAAAGAAAAAGGCUCCAAAUGUUAGGAAGAUAAUUAAAAAUUUAACAAGUAAGGAAAUCAUUAUAACCAGCAACAACACUAUGUAUGUUAAAAAAAAUAAGAGAAAAGGUAUUUGUACUCUUUUUCUUGAAGAUCUUUUGAAAACAAGAAUAAUGCUAAAAAGAUGUAUUAAUAUAUAUGAUAAAACAACUGCGAAAAGAUUAAUCGAAAGGAUGGAGAAAUUAAAAAUGAUAUUAAAUGUUGCUACAGGUUACAUUGGAGCUAAUUUUUCAGGUAGAAUGCCAUGUGUUGAUAUUUCUGAAAGUAUUAUUAGUAUUGGAAAGAAUUUUCUUCUCUAUAUCAUUGAGUAUAUAAAAGAAAAUUAUAAAUUUAUUAAAGUCCUUUAUGGAGAUACAGACUCUAUAUUUUUAAUAAUUGAAACGGAUGAUAUAAAUUACACCUUUAAAGUAGCUCGUGAUAUUUUAUAUAAUGUAAAUAGUAUAUUACCACCACCCAUGUAUUUAAAUUUUGAAAAGGUAUAUUGCCCUUCUCUACUAAUGACAAAAAAAAGAUACUUUGGUUUUGCUUAUAAAAAUGAGAAAGAAGAAAAACCGACUUUAGAUUUAAAGGGAGUAGAAAGUAUAAGAUCAGAUCAAUGUAAUUUGGUAAAGAUUGUAUUGAUACAGAUUUAUUUUAUUUUUUACUAUUUUAAGAAUAACUGUUAUUUCUCUCAUUGCUGUUGUUGCUGUUAUUUAUGUAGGAACUUUUUCCCUAAUUUUAUUUGUUCUUGUAAAGAAUCCAAUGUUCAUAAGACCUAUCCUUGUAUAUUAUCAAAAAUGUUAGAAGUAGUAUUGUGUAUGUAUAAAAAAAUUAUAUUCCCAAUUAAUGAUAUAAACACAUCAAUUAGAACGAUAAAUUCAAAUGAGGAAGAUGAUAAGGUAACGUUGUACAAGCAGUUUACAGAUUUACUAAAUUAUGAAGAACACAACGUUCUAUUAAAAAUGAUGCACUUUUUAUAUAAACAAAAGUAUUCUUUCCUGAUGUAUUUAUUUAUCAAUUUUAAUGAAUCUAUUUUUAAGAAAGAGAUAGAAAAUAUAUUAAAAGAGAAUUAUGAAAAAAUUAGAAAUCAGAAAAAUGAUUGUUGUUUAAAGAACCCACAUAAUAUAUUAAAAACUUGUUUAUGUAUAAAAGAAAUAAAUGAGAAUAUAAAAUGUGGAGAAAACAAAUGUUUUUGUAAUAUAAAACAAGCUCUAUUUUUUCAUCAUAAUAGAUCAAAUGAUAAUAAUGUCAAGAGUGUCUUCACUAUGAAAAUAUUUUACUCUCAUUUAUUAUUAAAUAUAAAAGAAGUAAUACGUAAUUUUUUUACUAAAAUAUAUGAUAAUCAAAUUUCUUAUGACGACUUUAUAAUAUAUAAAAAGGUAAAAUUAGGUACUUAUAAAGGUGAAAUGGAGGGUAACAAGAGGAAAGUUCCCUUACCACCUCAGGCAAUAGUGGCCAAAAAGCUUUUAAAAAUAUACCCGCUUUUAUUAAUUACUUAUAAGGAAAAAAUUCCUUUUAUAAUAACCAAAAAGUUGAAGGGCGAUAAAAUAUAUAAUUCAGUUUCACACCCAUCUUUUAUUAGGGGUAUACAGAAAACCUGUUAUGGCGAUGUUACGAAUUUUGACUCCAAUUCAGUUGACACGAAGAGUGCAAGAGGAGAAAAGGAAAAGGAGGAUGUACUAAAGGCGACAUUCGUUUUAAAAUCGGAAGCAACAACUGGUGAAGUGGCAAAAGACGAAGCAGUGGAAGGGAAAGCCUCAAAUGUCGUAAAGUACAAUGAACAUAACUACGAUCGAGAUGCACAUGGCCCGAGGGAAGGCAACAAAAUAAUUCCCAGAGAAUGUUUUUUUAAAAAAAAAAAAAAAUUGAAAGAAAUAAAUUUUGACUAUUAUAUACAAAAUUUAAUAAUUCCUCCCCUUAAAAGAAUGCUGGACUUACUUCCAUUUCACUCUGUAAAUUUAGAGGAAAUCUUUUAUAAAACUAAGAGGAAAUAUAACUGGAAUAAAGCAAAUUUAGAAAUGUUCCAAAAAAAUUUUGAAGGUGGUGAAAAGCAAUCUUUAAAAGAUAAUGGUUAUGUAAUGAAGAACAAUAAUUUAAUAAUAAAUAUUCUGAAAGGGAAAAAUGGAUAUCUUAAGGAAAACAAAGGAGCAGAAAAAAUUAACAAUAAUAAUGAAGAGGAGGAGGAGAAGAAAAAGACGGAGAAGUGGAGAAGUAAUAAUAAUAUAAUAUGUAAAAAAAAAAUAAAAAUAAAAAUUGAUGAAGAGGAGAAUUUAAAAAUUAGAAAACAAAUAAUUAACAGUUAUGUAGAAAUGAGCAAAUCUCAAAAUAUGAUGAAACAUUUAAAUAAUAUUUGCUUGGUAUGUGCAAACUCGGAAAUGGAAGCUUUGGCUUGCCAAUAUUCAGUACACUGCAAAGUAUAUUUUAAAAAAAUAAUUUUACAAGAAAAUAUUUCAAGAAAUCAAGAUGCUAUAAAAAGAUUAGAAGGAAAGUAA